AUGCCACCGCCAUCGUUUUCGAGUCAGCAUAUAUCGCAACUCAAUGUGCCUCGUGGCACUACCAAUCUCAUCAAGGAUGUGGAACAGAACAUUGAGUCUCUUGUGAUCAAGGGGUGGAAAAGUCUAUUAGCCGCUUCUCUUCAGUCCAUUGAGUCGUUGCUAGCUGAUCCCAACCUCGACCUAGAGGUGCCGGAUCGCGAUGGACUCUUGCAACCAGACUCGUACAGCGCGCCGCCCUCGUCUACGUGUGUCAGUGUGGCGGAACGUUUGAAUCUCGACCUACUGGAAUCGUUUUCCAGUGCACCCAAUAAACCGGAUGCGGUGCUAGGCAUGAUGAUCCAGGUCCUCGAUGCCUUGGCACCUCUGUUGUAUACCUCCAGCACCGUCUUGCAUUGGUGGGACGUACUUCUUGUACCCAUCUUAUCGUCGACGGACAUGCCCGAUGCUGCGUUGGCACGUGCUAUUCGCCUAGGGGCCUCCUUGCUGCUCAAGGCGCCGGCGUCGGCGUACGUGGAUGUCGCACCAGUGCCUUUGCAGGAGACCGAAAGCAACGCCUCGUCCAGCGCGCGGUCACCUGCUGCGGACGCCCAUGAGCAGCAAGGGCCAGAGCGCACGUUUGUACAAAAGGUGUUUGACAUGUACAUGGACUCGCUCAGUCUUCCUUCUACGACGGCCGAAGCCGAUACCUCUGUUUCCUCCAAGGGUGACGAGCAGCUGACGACGCACCUGGGGUCUAUCUUAUCCCUGUUCAGUGAGUACCGACCUACUGCCUUUUUGCACCAUGCUGCGCAGUCGUAUGUAUCGCCGAGCAGCCAAGCGGCGAUUCUAUACCUGCUGCUCCCUUUUUUGCACCACAAGUCCAUUCACAUUUAUCGUAUUACUUCAACACGGCUGUUGGAAAAGAUCAUUGACUCACUGAUUCAUACCCUAUCGGCGCAAACGAUGUCGUUAGGCAUUCAGUGCCUGGUCAUUAUUCUUCCGCAUCUGCAGCAGUGGCUUUGCCGCCAAGCUCAUGCGAUCAUUGCGAAUUUGCUCUGUGCCUACACGCAUGCGGUUUGCUGGCACCAUUCGCCUAGUGAGCACGAUUUCUCGUCGGAUACACGUAUGCUCUUUACGUCUGUGUACGGUCUCUUCCCCUGUACGUUAUUGUACUUUAUUCGUGCGCCGGAGGAGGCCCUUACGUCGUUAGGAUACACUGGCACACUUGAAGCCAUGGACUUUAUCACCAUGCAGCACCGCAGUACGGCCCUCUUUCGAUGCCAUUUGCUCUCUCUUUACUUUGCGAAGCUGGAUCAUACCACGGAAUUGACCUACAAGGACCAUAAUGAGCAUGAUGCGUCCGAUCGAAUGGCACUGAGCAUGAGUUUGUACGUGCCGCAGAUGGAGGUGUCUACUAUGGAUGUACCGCUACCCCUGUCGCCGGGGAUGCUCAAGGACGUGCCUCGUUCCGAUGCAAAGACUGCUGCGAGUGAACUGCACUUGCUACAGAAUGAGCUUCGUUUUGAACUGUACAUGAAAGAGCAGCUUCUUAUGCAUAUUGGGCGUCUUCAUCGUGAUCGAAUUACCGAUGCGGCGUCUGAGGCAGAGCAGCAGAACUUGCAGCAUACGAUCCGAACGCUUCAGUCGCAACUCUCGACGAUGCAGACACGCUUUGAACGUCAGCGUUCCGAAAUGCAAACGACGAGCAAUCGACAUGCGCAAUGGGAGCGGGAGCUCAAUGUCAAACUCAACUCCUACCGCGAGGAACGUCGGACGUGGGCGAAACAAAUCAAAGAGCUGGAGCGUCAGCUGAAUGAGAGUCGCGCCUGUUAUGCGUCGCAGUCGGAGCAAGUGUCCAAGAUGGGUGCGCGUCUCUUUGAAUUGGAGUCGGAUCUCGCGUUGGCCAAGCCGAAGAUGGCACGGCUCGCCGACUACGAUGCGUCGCUGAAAAAACUACAAGGCUGCCUCUCUGAUUGGGAAUACGAUUUGCAACGGGUGGACCAACAGCGCGUGGAAAUGCAUCAUUUGCUUAUGCGCUGGCAGGACAUGCAGCUGUCUGUGGACAACAGCGAACGAAGCGUCAAAGGGUACAGUGACAAGCUGGCCGCCCUUGCCCAGGAGAAGGCGACGUUGCAGCAACGUGUGGAUUUACUGCAAAUACAGAACGAGCGACUGCGCGACCAAAUGUCGGCCCGUGUCUCUUCCUGGGUGGCUACGCCGCCAGUGCAGGCGCCCACACGAGCGCCGGGUGUAGAGCCGCAGUUGCUCGAACGCAACAAGGAGCUGGAGUCGCAAGUGUUUACCUUGCGCGCCGAGGUAGAGGCGCUGAAAGCGGAGAAAGCAGUACGUGAGCGCCCGCCAGAGAAGUCGUUGCCCGUGGUCUCAGAGCAAACCCUCUUCUCUCCCAACACCCUUCGUACCCCACGCGGCCAUGCGCCUGACGAGGAAUCUGUCCCGCCGCUGUCCCUUGGCCCAUCGCACGACGGAUCGUCGUAG